AUGCCAAAGUUGCUUGAACUCAUGUGCUGGUUCUUCGAGCAGGUUAUGAGGAAGGACAAGUUGCCAGAGCCGGUGAUGGAGUCGAAGGUGAAGCACUUCGUCCACGUGAUCAGUCUCUUGUUCUUGCCAUUAGUGAGGAAGCCGCCAAAUGACAGCCAUAAGGAGAUGAAGUUCUCCCCGAGUGCAACAGAGCUGGUGGCAACUGGAAGCGAGUGCUUGUUCGAUAUCAAAUUCGAGAAUGGAGUGCUCAACAUCCCGUAUCUGGUUCUUGAGGAUGGGACGGAAUCUUUUUUUCGGAACAUUAUUGCCUUCGAACAAUGUUACCACCUACACGACAGCUAUCUGAUCGAGUACAUUGUGUUCAUGGAUUACCUGGUCGAUACCCCGAGCGAUGCAAAGUUGCUGAUCGACAAGAAAAUCAUCGAGAACUGUCUCGGCAAUAAAGAAGCUGUCGUGCAGCUAAUCAAUUCCUUAGGCAAGGGAGCUAACUUUACGAAAAAAAAUUACUACUUCAACAGCCUCAACCACAAGCUCAUCGCCCAUUACGAAAAGUCUUAUAACAAGUGGAAGGUGACGUUCAAGCCUGAUUACUGCAGUAGCCCAUGGGUGGUCAUCUCGGUAAUCGCUACAGUGGUGUUGCUUUUUCUGACUGCAGCACAGACUGUAUGCUUAGUCCUCUCUCUUAAAUAA